AUGGCUUCCACUACUGCCGCCGAUGACCCCUUCAUUUGGCUGGAGGAAGUCAACGGCGAGAAAUGCUUAGCCUGGGCCAAGGAGAAGAACCAGGCAACCUUCAACAAAUUCGGGAAGCCUGAUGAAGCGCCGCUGUAUGGCAAGAUCCUGGAGAUUCUCGAGAGCAAGGACAAGAUCGCUUACGUUCAGAAGAUCGACGACUUCUACUACAACUUCUGGCAGGACGCCGACCACGUGAGAGGCAUUUGGCGUCGUUGCACCCUGGAGGAGUACAAGAAGCCGGCAAAGGAAAUUCAGUGGGAGCUGGUGCUGGACCUUGAUGCCCUGGGCAAGGAGGAGGGUGAGAGCUGGGUGUGGCACAGCCCAACGUUCAUCGACCCGGGACCUGGAGAGAAACGUGAUCUUUGUUUGCUGCACCUCUCCCCUGGGGGAAGCGAUGCGGAUGUGAUCAGAGAAUUCAGCCUUGAGACCAAGGCCUUCAUACCUGAGUCUGAGAGCGGCUUCAAGGUGGGCGCCUGCAAGUCGAGGGCAUCGUACAAGUCUCGCGAUGUUCUCCUCAUCGGGACAGACACUGGCGCAACAGAUGACAUGACCGACUCGGGUUACCCGAGGCAAGUACGAGAAUGGAAGCGAGGGACACCUUUGAAGGAUGCACCACUGGUCUAUGAAGCCCAGAAGCAGGACAUCUCUGCAUUUGCCCAUCGCUACUACGACAGAGGCCUUUUCCACGAAAUGAGAGGUCGCGCUAUUACAUUCUACACUUCUGAAUAUUUCUGGCUGCACGAAGGGGAGUUCAAGAAGGUGGACGUCCCGGAUGAUAUGGAAGUGUCAACCUUCUGUGAUCGCUUUCAACUUUCGCUGCGCAGCGACUGGACGGUCGGCGGCAAAACCUACGUGCAGGGGUCCCUGCUGUCCAUUCCAAUCAACAGCCUCUUUGCAGGCGACAUGUCGAAGCUCGAGGUACUCUUUGCCCCGACCGACUCAGAGUCUCUGGAGAACAGCACCGGCACUCGGAACUACUUGGUGCUGAGCGUGCUGGAGGAUGUGAAGACAAAGCUGAUCUUCUGGCGGUAUAAGGACGGCGCUUGGGAGCACUGUGGCGAGGAGCGAGGCCUUGGGAUGGAGAGCGUAGACCCCAACGCGGUGGAACCGGACUCCAGUGACGAUCUUUGGGUCACUGUGUCUGGCUACACCAGACCGACCUCGCUGUUUCUGAGCACAGCAGAAGACCUGUGCUCCGGCAAGCUGCCAUCCAUGGCGCCUCUUAAAGCGCUCCCAUCCUACUACAAUGCAGAUGAUAUCGAGGUUCAGCAAUUCUUUGCCACGUCGCUGGAUGGAACGAAGGUGCCAUACUUCCAGCUCAGCAAGAAGAGCAUGGCCUACGAUGGCAAGAACCCGACUCUUCUCUACGGCUACGGUGGCUUCGAGAUUUCUUUGACGCCCGCCUACUCCGGUGCUCGAGGUAUAGCCUGGCUGGAGCAUGGCGGUGUGUGGAUAGAUGCGAACAUUCGCGGUGGCGGUGAAUACGGGCCCAGGUGGCACCAAGCUGCCAAGAAGGCCAACCGCAACAAAGCCUACGAGGAUUUCGAGGCGGUGGCCGAGGAUUUGCUGCGCCGUGGCGUGACAACGCGCGCGCUGCUGGGCAUUCAAGGCGGCUCAAACGGUGGCCUGCUCAUGGGCAACAUGCUCACUCGAGACAAGAGGGAGCUCUUCGGCGCAGUUGUUUGUCAGGUUCCCCUGCUGGAUAUGCAGAGAUACAGCCAGCUUUUGGCUGGGGCAAGCUGGAUGGGAGAAUAUGGUGACCCUUCCACUGGCGACUGGGGCGAGUUUCUGUACAAAUAUUCGCCCUACCACAACCUGUCAGAUGACAAGACCUACCCGCCGGCGCUGUUCGUUACGUCUACCAAGGACGACAGGGUCCACCCAGGCCACGCUAGAAAGAUGGUCGCCAAGCUCUUAAGCCAUCCGACCGCCAAGGACCAGACCUUCUACUACGAGAACAUUGAAGGCGGGCAUGGUGGUGCUGCUGACAACAAACAGCGGGCGUUCAUGCAAGUAGCACAGUAUGCGUUCCUGUGGAAGACUCUAUCGCCCGGACGCAAGCCAGACACGAUAGUUUGA